AUGUGCAAGCAGCGCCCCCCCUCCCUGCAACCCCCCCAGGCUGGGACCCUGCUUUGUGCCCCCGGGGCCUGUGCCCGGCUGGACUGCACUGCCCAGGAGGGGACGCCCGGAGCCUGCUGCCCCCAAAGCCAGGCCCCGGUGACGGAGCCCCCCAACUCAGGCUGCCAGGACGGUGCCACCUGGCGGGAGCACACGGAGGAGUGGGCGCCGCUCGCUGACCCCUGCCAGAUUUGCCGCUGCACGGAGGGUCGUGUGUUGUGUGUGCAGAGGCAGUGUGCCCGCCUGUGCCCGCACCCCGCCAGCCCUCGCCCCGGCACCUGCUGCCCCGUCUGCGAUGGAUGCUCCUUUGAGGGCCGCGACUAUGCCAGCGGGGAGCCAGUGCCCAGCGCUGAGCCCUGCACCCAGUGUGUCUGCACCGCCGGGGAGGUGUCGUGCCAGCGCCUGGAGCCCAGCUGCCCGCCCGCGCCCUGCAGCCACCCUGCCCACACCCCUGCCCAGUGCUGCCCAACAUGCCACGGCUGUGAGUUCGAGGGCAGCGUGUACCAGGAUGGGGAGAGGUUCAUCGCCCAGGGUGCCGGGCGCUGCCUGCACUGCACCUGCUCCGCCGGCUCGGUGCAGUGCUUACCCUCCCUGUGCCCCCCUGCGCCCUGCCCGCACCCCCAGACCCUGCCUGGCCACUGCUGCGCCACGUGCCCAGGCUGCUCCUACCACGGCGUGACGGCCACCCACGGACAGAGCUUUGCCGACCCGGAGGACGCCCAGUGCUCACAAUGCACCUGCCAGGCUGGGUCAGUGCAGUGCCAGAGGGGGCCAUGCCCGCCGGCCUCCUGCCCCCACCCUGCCCCAGGGGCCUGCAAUUGCCCCCUGUGCCAAGGCUGCCACUUCCAGGGCCAGGACCUUGCAGACGGGGAGACCUUCGCAGCCCCGCAGGACCCGUGCGAGCAGUGCCAGUGUCAGGAGGGGGCCGUGCUGUGCGCCUGGGUCUCAUGCCCCCCGCUGACCUGCACCCACCCAGUGACGGAGCCGGGUGUCUGCUGCCCCCGCUGCCAAGCCUCCCCCCUCUGCCCUCCCCCCGUUGCAGGGGGUGUACUAGAGGCUGAUGGGCGCCGCGUGCCGGACGGAGAGACCUGGACGGACGAUGCCGACGCCUGCGUCACCUGCACCUGCAGUCUGGGCCACGUGCAGUGCCAUGUGGAGGAGUGCACGGACCUCGCCUGCCCCGAUGGCCUGGAGCGGGUGCAGGUGCCCGGCACCUGCUGCGGCCAGUGCCAAGUGCCAGGCAGCACCUGCUCCUACCAGGGCCGCCGGUUCGAGUCCCGUGAGCGCUGGCAGGUGGACGCGUGUACGGCCUGCUCCUGCGUGGCCGGGGAGGUGCACUGCCGCAGCCAGCGCUGCCCCCCGCCCGCCUGCGGCCCCGACGAGGCGCCGGCGCUGACGCCGGGACGGUGCUGCCCCCACUGCCACCCACGCCCGGCCACGUGCCAGGCCUUCGGGGACCCGCACUACCGCACCUUCGACGGGCGCCUGCUGCACUUCCAGGGCGCCUGCACCUACGUGCUGGCCCGCGACUGCCAUGCCGAGGACUUCAGCGUCCACGUGAGCAACGAUGCCCGGGGCCACACGGGCGUAUCGUGGACCCAGGAGGUGGUGGUGCAAGUCGGGGGCACCUGGGUGCAGCUGCUGCAGGGCGGGGAGGUCAUGGUGGACGGCGAGGCGGUGACGCUGCCCUUCCUGAAGGAGCCGGCGGUGUACGUGGAGCGCCGGAGCGGCACCGUCCUACUCAACACGCACGUCGGCCUCCAGGUGCAGUGGGACGGGCGCUCGCACGUGGAGCUGAGCGUGCCGGGCACCUACCGCGGCCGGACCUGCGGCUUGUGCGGCAACUUCAACAGCUUCGCCCAGGACGACCUGCGCGGCCCCGGCGGUGACCUGCUGCCCUCCCACGCCGCCUUGGGCAACAGCUGGCAGGUAGCGGCGCCGGGGCAGGACGGGGGCUGCGGGCCGGCCCGCGACGUGGAGCCGUGCCAGGAGGCCGGGUACCGGGCGCGGCGGGAGGCGAACACGCGGUGCGGGGCGCUGAAGGCACCACCCUUCACACGCUGCCACGGGCUGGUGCCGCCCGAGGGGUUCUUCGCUGCCUGCGUGUACGAUGCCUGCGCCUGCCGCGCCGACGCCGGUGCCUGCCUCUGCGAUGCCCUCGAAGCCUACGCCGCCGCGUGCCGCCGCGCCGGACUGGUGCUACACUGGCGCUCGCCCACCCUCUGCGCCGUGGGGUGCCCCCGGGACCGGGGCUACGUGUUCACCGAGUGCGGCCCCCCCGGCGUGUUGGACUGGUCCAUCUCCCCCUUUUGCCCCCCCCCCCCCCCCCAUUUGUUUUGGGACUUCCAGCUGCUGGACAUGGAUAGGGACGGGCGUGUGAGCCCGUGGGACGCGGGGCUGCUGCUGCAGGGCGUGCGGGGGGCCAGGGCUGUGGGCACCGCCUGGCACCACUACCUGGGGCAGCACCGCCACGGCUUGGCCUGGGCCGACAUCCAGGCCUGGCUGUCCGGAGACCCCCAGCCUCCCCCAGCCCCCUGGACAGGAUGUCGAGCUGAGCCGGACACCGAUUGCUCCAUGGAGAGGGGCGCCAGCCCCAGACAAAGCAGCUCCCUGCCCCGAGGGGGGGCAAAGCUUCAGCUCCAGCAGCUCCUGGACUGGUCCUGGGACCCGAAGCUAAAGCCCAUCCCCGUGGCAUCGGGCCGGGCACAGCCGGCCGUGGGGCAGCAGACGGAGCUGAGCUGGAGACCUGCACAGGUAGGAGCUGGGAAGCAGGGGGGGUCCUGGCUGGGGCCCCUGGAUCCGGGCCCCCCCCAGCCCCUGUGCCCCCAGCUGGAGCGGGACAGGGCCUGGCAGAGCCGCCUGCUGCCCCCCGGUGACCCAGAGCCGGCAGGCGCCUGGGGGCAGCUGCGCGCUGCCCUGUGGGAAGCCUGUGCCCGGCGGCUGGUGCAGGGGUCGGAGGAGGCCGUGUGCAUGGACCGCGCCAUAGCCAUGCACCAGGAUGCCUGGCACAUGCAGGAGUCGGAGCUGCAGGGCACGGUGCCUGGGUAUGGACCCCCGGGCUGCUCCAGGGUGGCAACAGGGAGCUGGGACCCCCCCGGACAGCAUGGGCAGCCCCCAGCAGCGCUCCUAGAGCAGGACUCCAUGCCCCACGUCCCGGAGCUGCACCUGGUUGAGGCUGCAAUGCCAGGAGCUGUGGGCACCCAGACCCAGGGGGUGCGGGAUAUCCGGGCACUGUGCCCCGCACCCCAGGCCAGGCCCCAAAGGCUGCUGCAGGGAGGACCGGUAACUUUGGGGCUCCUGGAAACCGGGGAGAUGCCGGCACCGCAGAGCCAGGGAUCCCCAGUGAUGGAGCGGGCGGGCAGUGAGCUGCAGGAAGAGGGGGUGGCAGACCCCAGUGAGGCCCCCCCAGCAGGUCCCGGAGCCCAGGGCAUGGAGCACCUGGCGUCGCUGGCCAGAGACACGGAGCCGCAUGCCCAGAGCACGCGUGGACCUGCAGAGGCUUGCCAGGCUCCGGAGACGCUGCCCAGGCCCCCGGUGCCCCCACAAGCCGGGAACCUGGAGGUGGGCGAGCCCCACGGAGCAGCGCGGAGCCGGCCAGAGCCACAGACCCCCGCGCCCCGGUGGCUGGAGCCCCGUCCGGCCCAGGGGAGGCUGCCGGGGGGUGAAUGGGUCCUGGUGCCAGAGAGGCAGCACGUGGCUCCGGCGCUGGAGGCUCUGCGGGCUCAGGGGAUGCUGCAACGGCAGCUCCCGGCCCUGCAGCCACGGGGGGCGUCGGAGCCGUGUCGGAGCCAGGGGCAACACCAGGAGCCCCGUCUGGUGCAGGUGCCAGAGCCAGGGCAGACUCAGGGCUCCAGCACCCAGCAAGUGCCCCUGCAAGAAGCCCCCGGCACCCGUCAGAGGGGGCUGGAGCUGCAGCCCCCACUGCCCCAGUGGCUGGAGCCCCAGACCCCGGCGCUGGAGACCCUGAGAGCCCAGGGGAUGCUGCAGCGCCAGCUCCCAGCCCUGCAGCUCCGGGGCCCUGUGCCCGGCCGGCCAGAGGUGCCACGGGCCCCAGAGCUGGAGGGGGGCACGGCCCCCCAGUCCCAGCCGCCUUCGCCACCGGGGGCCACGGCGAGGCCGGGGAGCCACAACCAGCACCUGAGGCCAGAGUGCAAUAGGCCUUGGCCGUGCCCCCUGCGCCGGGAGAAGGCGUUUGUGCUGCCCUCGCGGGCGGAGCAGCAGGCGGCCGUGCGGGAGCUGGCGGUGCUGCAGCAGCGGGCGCGGAGCCGGUGCCAGCAGGACCGUGAGCGCCAGCUGCUGCGGGUGCAGGAGCGGCUGUGCAUCGCCAGGGACAGGAAAGCAGAGGACAACUGCGUGGGCACAUGGGCGGGGGACCUGGCCCAGCUGAGGCAGCAGGCAAGGCCCUGCCCCGAUGCCAGCUCAGCACCACAGGUACGAUGAAGCGGGGCACAGGGGUCCGCACAUCCUUCCAGCAAAGGAUAGCACCCAUGCCCAUCACUGCUGCCCGCCACCCUAGUGCCCUGUUGAUGCCAGGCAGGGCACCCCCCAUCCCUGUUGGUGGCUGCAGGCUGGG